AUGGGGAAACUCGCUGGACUCAUUAGUUCAGGCAUUGGUCUCGCAAUGGAAGCAAAGACGACCUAUCAAUCUCCGAGUCCUAAAUCCCACACGAAAGAUGCAAAUCGGGGUUCAACUUAUAUAGCUCCACCCCAAAUACCAUUUCGCACCUUGCCAAAAGCAAAUCAACAUAGCAAUGAUGAAGACGCAUACCAACACUUGCAAGCCUACGCCGACUAUCAAAACACCCUUUCAGAUCGCAUAAGUGCAGACAUAGGGAGAGAUGAGAAUUACCGAAAAUAUUUAACCGUGAAUCCUCGAGCACAACCAAUGAGGAGUGCAUACGACAGAGAUAUUUCGUUUUACUCCCACGAACAGCCAGAUCAAAGAAUUCAGCCAGCUCGAGGGCUCUCUUGUCCUGUAAUACUUCCACAACGAAGGCCCGAAGCACAAAGUCGUGGUAUCAUCCGAGCGUACUCCCUAGAGCUAGCAGGUUGUGGCAUAAAUCAAGAUACGUUUCUGGAUUUCAUCGAUGAUUUUAAUCAAGCUCAUAAAGCAUCUCCUUAUCUCGACGCCGUGAAUGUGGCCGCUCAAGGUGUCGGCUUUGCGCCCGGUAUUUCGCCGAUGAUUGUGUCCAUGGUUGUUCCAAUUGCAGUACGAGCAGCUAAAGGGUAUCAGACGCAAAGACAAUCAUCCUCUUUCUUAGACCGAGCCAAUACAAACCUCUUCGUACCCCAUGGCCUCUUUGCAAUGGUCUUAACUUUUAAGCCUCAACAGACUCAAAACCCACAUGGAGUACCAGGAGAAGUUCAACUUCCUCCAUCUGCUUCCCUUAUUUAUCCCGAAGAUGAUAGGCGUGCUCAAAAAACCGGCUUAAAGAAAAUGGGCCACUUUAUUGCAGAUUAUGGAGAUCGUAGAGCCCAGGCUCGAUACGCGCACAACAAUCCCGAGUCAUCUUUGGCUAGUCCUUUACCAACAUUCAACAGUCGUUGGGCUGACCCGAAUCACCCUACCAAUAGUGGUGGACUAAAAAGUCUACUUACUGGCAUUCCAGACGAUAGAAAGUCCCGCAGAGAAGACAAAAAAGAUUGCGAAAGAGACAGAAGAGAUCGUCGUCGCAGAGGUAGCUCAAGUAGUGAUACUUCCAGAAAAGGUGGACUUCUAAGCACAGCACUUGGGGCCGGUGGCAGGAACGGUGCCUCUGGAAGAGAAAGAACAAGUCUGGUAGGAACCGCGAGAGGGAUGAUAAAUGGACCUGGAAAACAAGAUCAAAGUUUAAUCAAGGGAAUCAGAGGCAUAGGGAUGAAGACUGAUGUCCUGUAUCUGAUGAUCACAAAUAACACCGAAGAUCAGAGACCAUUCCCUUCGACGAGACCACAAGCGCCACUGACUCACGUUUCGUCAUUUUCAACACUGGAUCCUCAAUCCACGAACCCAGACAAUUGUCUGAGAUCGUCCAAUAAUGAUCAAAACUCCGUCUAUCCCAUCUCAAACCAAGAUCGAAUAGUUCCCUAUACCAAUCAAAAACAAAAUGGCAAUUCCUAUAUUGCCAGGCAAGAUCAAGUCGCCACGGGGUCUACCGCUAGACAUUUUGAACAAAACGACGCUCCACCGCCUGCAUACAGAGAAGCAAUGCCAGCAAGGUAUUACGAUCAGAUGAGACAGAAUGACGAGGAGUUCUGCGCACCUACUAUAUAG